CACACCCUACGUGGCGCAGGUGCAGCUGCUGUCCUCGCUGCUGCAGCCGCUGGUGCCGCCCGGGGGGCCGCAGCUGGAGGUGGCGAGUGUGGACGGAUACCAGGGCAGGGAGAAGGAGAUCAUGGUGUUUAGCACGGUACGUGCCAACCCAGCCGCCUCCAUCGGUUUCCUGGAGGACUGGCGCCGGCUCAACGUAGCCAUCACACGGCCUCGCAGAGCGCUGCUGAUCGUGGGAAACGCAGCUACCCUCGGCAGGGGAGGCGGGGUGGAUAGCGGUAAGGCAGGUGCUGCGGGGCCGGCAGCAGCAGCAGCUGCAGGG